AUGCCUGUCGGUGGUCUGAGCAGAAAACUAUCGACCUUGAGUGGAAGGUCGAAUAGACGAGUUGUCAUCACAGGAAUCGGUAUCGUUUCUCCUCUGGCCGUGGGGACAGAAAACUCUUGGGGAGCACUCAUUUCUGGGAAAUCUGGUUGCAAAAGUCUUGAAGAACCAGAAUAUGGAAAAUUGCCCUGCAGAAUUGCCGCUAAAGUGCCAAAAGGCAAUGGCCCUACGGAGUUAGAGUUAGAAACGCACUUUUCGAAAAGCGAAUUACGAACGAUGUGUCCAGCAAGCGCGUACGCGUUGAUCGCGACCGAGGAAGCUCUGAAUGAUGCUAAAUGGAUGCCGAAUGAAGAAUCUGACAAAAGAGACACCGGAGUCACCGUCGGUGUCGGAAUGAUUGACCUCGCCGACGUUUGCACAACUUACGAGCUACUGAAGAAAAGUUACAGCAAAGUCAGCCCUUACUUUGUACCAAGAAUCCUUCCUAAUAUGGCCGCUGGGCAGAUUAGUAUCAAAUACGGAUUCCGUGGGCCAAAUCAUUCGGUAUCGACGGCUUGUGCUACAGGGGCGCAUGCAAUUGGCGAUGCUUUCCGUUUCGUGCGUAGUGGUGAGGCGAGUGUAAUGGUAUGCGGAGGUGCAGAAUCCUGUAUAAGUCCACUGGCCAUAGCAGCAUUUUGUCGUUUGCGUGCAUUGAGUACAAGAAACGAAAGUCCAGAGGAAGCAGCCCGUCCUUUCGAUAAAGACCGAGAUGGUUUUGUCAUGGGGGAAGGUUCGGCGAUUCUGGUGCUUGAAGAAUUAGGGCACGCAGUGGCCCGUGGGACAAAAAUUUACGCUGAAGUAUUGGGCUACGGUUUGUCGGGAGACGCGGUGCAUUUAACGUCACCGAGCGAAGACGGGACUGGGGCUAUUCUUUCAAUGGAAAGAGCGUUGAGAGACGCGAGUGUUGAAAAAACUGAAGUUACUUACGUAAAUGCUCACGCGACUUCAACUGUCCUCGGUGAUGCCGUCGAAUUAAAAGCGAUUGACUCAGUUUUCGGUGAAAACAGCAAAAAUGUUUGGGUCUCGAGCACCAAAGGAGCCCACGGCCAUUUACUUGGUGCAGCGGGAAAUCUCGAAGCUGCUUUUACCGCACUUGCGAUUGAUCGAGCUGUUCUACCGCCUACUUUAAAUCUGCAUAAACUCGAUUAUCAAGGACAUUUAAAAUUCGUUCCUAAUAGCAAACGAGAUUGGAUCACCAAUGAUCAAAGACGCGUUGCUCUAAAAAAUGCAUUUGGUUUCGGGGGAACCAACGCUUCACUUUGCUUCGCCCAAUUCAUUCCGUGACCGAUUUUUUUCAAAUCCGUUUUUUAUCUAACGUGUACCAAUGUCGAUUCGUUCCGUUGAUUUUUCUAUACUGUCUCAGUACUUUAUUAAAAUUAAGUUUUAUUGUCUUACGGAAAAAGAAUUUUGAAUUGUAAAUACUGUUGUCCCUUUUGAUAGAUUUUAUAUUAAAUAAAAUAUUUCAUAUUAGUCCAAUUA